AUGACACAUAUACCCUUCUCAGGAUCAACGACUUUACGUGGUACAACUGAGAAUUGUCAAAAAUCGCGUGCCCAAAACCGUAAAUACCUUGGAACCCCGACCCACCACCAAUCCACCCGCCCGCCUAGUAGCUCCGCCCUGUUAACCGUCUCUAUUCCAUAUUCCAUCAUCAUUCAAGUCCUACCAGUUAACAAUCCCAUCCACCGCCAUCAUAUUCAUCACAAAAACAAAGGGCUUUUCAUCUUCUUCACACGUAGAGAGAGAAAACGCGUCGAGACUCUAGCUUCCGAUUGUCAAUUGAUGGAGAUCGCACCGGCGGUGCUAGCCGCACACGACGGAGUCGGAAACGCACCUGAUUCUUCAUCGGAAUCUUCUGCUUCGACUGUUCCCGUUAAUAACAAUAAUAUCUCGAGCAACAGGUACGAUGAUGAUGAUGACGAAGAGGAAGAUGUUUGCCGGAUCUGUCGGAAUUCAGGAGACGCCGACAAUCCUCUCAGAUAUCCUUGUGCUUGUAGCGGGAGUAUUAAGUUUGUUCACCAAGACUGCCUUCUCCAAUGGCUCAAUCACAGCAACGCUCGCCAGUGUGAGGUUUGCAAGCACCCCUUUUCAUUCUCCCCUGUGUAUGCCGAGAAUACCCCAACAAGGCUUCCUUUUCAGGAAUUUGUUAUUGGAAUGGCAAUGAAAGCCUGUCAUGUAUUACAGUUCUUCCUACGGCUCACUUUUGUGCUUUCUGUAUGGCUUUUGACCAUACCAUUUAUAACUUUCUGGAUAUGGCGCUUGUCAUUUGUAAGAAGUUUUGGAGAAGCCCAGAGACUAUUCUUGAAUCAUAUCUCAACUACAAUCAUUCUCACCGACUGUCUCCAUGGAUUCCUGCUCUCAGCCAGCAUUGUAUUCAUUUUUCUUGGGGCCACAUCUUUGAGGGACUAUUUUCGACAUUUACGAGAACUUGGGGGGCAGGAUGAGGAUGAAGGAGAUAGAAAUGGUGCUCGUGUUGCUAGGAGACAACCUCCACAAGCUAACAGAAACCUUAUUGGAGAUGGGAAUGGUGAAGAUGGUGGAGGUCAAGGUAUUGCUGGUGCUGGUCAGAUUAUCAGAAGGAAUGCAGAAAAUGUUGCUGCCAGGUGGGAGAUGCAAGCAGCUCGUCUUGAAGCACAUGUUGAACAGAUGUUUGAUGGUUUGGAUGAUGGUGAUGGUGCUGAAGAUGUUCCUUUUGAUGAGCUUGUUGGUAUGCAGGGGCCUGUUUUCCAUUUGGUGGAAAAUGCAUUCACUGUUCUUGCAAGCAACAUGAUAUUCCUUGGUGUCAUAAUACUCAUCCCCUUUCACCUAGGCCGAUUGAUCCUCUACAUUCUUUCAUCUGCCACUACUCCAAUGUUAUCAACCGUUGUUCCCCUCACAGAACAAGCACUUUCCCUAGCCAAUAUCACAUUAAAAAACGCACUAACUGCAGUCACAAAUCUAACAUCCGAUCACAAUGUCCUUACCCAUGUCACAGAGAUGUUAAAUGUCAAUAAUGCCACUGGACUUCAAGACUCUCCAAACAAUGUCACAACUCCCAUUAUUCUAAAAGGGGCAGUUUCAGGAGGAUCAAGAUUAUCUGAUGUCACAACUCUUGCUGUUGGCUAUCUGUUCAUUUUGUCCCUAAUUAUUUUCUACAUUGGAGUUAUUGCACUUAUAAGGUACACUAGAGGAGAGCCUUUAACAAUGGGAAGAUUCUAUGGUAUUGCUUCAAUUGCAGAAACAAUCCCUUCACUUUUUAGACAGUUCUUAGCUGCAAUGAGACAUUUAAUGACAAUGAUAAAAGUCGCAUUCCUUUUAGUCAUUGAACUUGGAGUUUUCCCUCUAAUGUGUGGAUGGUGGUUGGAUAUUUGUACCAUAAGAAUGUUUGGAAAGUCAAUUAGUCAAAGAGUUGACUUCUUUUCGGUUUCACCACUUGCAAGUUCAUUGAUUCAUUGGGUUGUGGGGAUUGUCUACAUGUUACAAAUAUCCAUAUUUGUCAGCCUUCUUCGAGGGGUUUUGCGAAAUGGGGUUCUUUAUUUCUUGCGAGAUCCAGCUGAUCCUAACUACAACCCCUUCAGGGAUUUAAUCGAUGAUCCUGUCCACAAACAUGCUCGAAGGGUAUUAUUGUCAAUUGCUGUUUACGGGAGCUUAAUUGUAAUGUUGGUUUUUCUACCAGUCAAACUUGCUAUGCGAAUGGCUCCUUCCAUCUUUCCUCUUGAUAUAUCGGUAUCUGAUCCAUUCACUGAGAUCCCUGCUGACAUGCUUCUUUUCCAAAUUUGUAUUCCAUUUGCUGUUGAGCAUUUCAAGUUGCGUGCUACAAUCAAAUCAAUUUUGCAUUAUUGGUUUACUGCGGUUGGUUGGGCACUUGGGUUAACAGAUUACUUGUUGCCUGAACCUGAGGGCACUGAGGGGCAAAAUGGGAAUGAUUUAGUAUAUGCUGAAAAUCGAGCCAUAGUUGGAUUGCACCCUCAAGAUGUCAACCGGGUUGUGGAAGAAGAUGAUGGUGAUGAACAAUCUGAUUCAGAGAGGUAUACGUUUGUGUUCUGUAUUGUGUUGCUUUUAUUGGUGGCUUGGAUGACAUUGUUGAUUGUGAAUUCUGCUUUGAUUGUGGUGCCUGUUUCCCUUGGCCGAGUCUUGUUUAAUGCAGUUCCCCUUCUUCCUAUUGCACACGGCAUCAAAUGUAACGACAUAUAUGCCUUCAUUAUUGGAAGUUACGUGAUCUGGACAGCAUUGGCUGGAAUUAGGUAUUCCAUUGAUCAAAUCAGAACAAGGAGAACCACAGUUCUACUAGGGCAAAUCUGGAAAUGGUGUUCCAUUGUCGUGAAGAGCUCUGUACUUUUGUCAAUUUGGAUUUUUGUAAUCCCAGUGUUAAUCGGACUCCUGUUUGAACUUUUGGUAAUUGUUCCCAUGAGAGUACCUGUUGAUGAAAGCCCUGUGUUUUUACUAUAUCAAGAUUGGGCUCUUGGCCUUAUUUUCCUCAAGAUCUGGACUCGCCUUGUAAUGCUGGAUCACAUGAUGCCACUUAUGGAUGAGAGAUGGAGAGUGAAAUUCGAAAGGGUAAGAGAAGAUGGUUUCUCAAGGCUUGAAGCGUUUUGGGUGCUAAAAGAGAUAGUAAUCCCCAUCAUGAUGAAACUUCUCACAGCUUUAUGUGUCCCUUAUGUGUUAGCCCGAGGGGUAUUUCCGGUAUUUGGCUACCCGUUAGUGGUGAACUCGGCUGUGUAUAGGUUCGCAUGGGUGGGGUGCCUUGGGUUCAGUUUGGUGUGUUUCUGUGGGAAGAGGUUUCAUGUGUGGUUUAGCAAUUUGCAUAAUUCGAUAAGAGACGAUAGGUAUUUGAUUGGGAGAAGGCUUCAUAAUUUUGGGGAAGAUCAUAGUAAGAGUAGUGUUGAUGAUGUUGAUGUUGAUGAUGAUCAUGAUGAUGAUGAUGAUGAUGAUGAUGAUGAUGAUGACAGUGAUGGUGAUGAUGAUGAGAGUUUGAAUGUGUUGGUGAGAAAUGAUGAGGUGGGUUUGAGGCAUAGACGCCAUGUGGCUGUUGAGAAUGUAAUGUGAAUAUGACUGGGUUUUAAAUUGGUCUGAAGGCUGUGGUUAAAAUGUAAAAAGGUAGAUUAAAACUAAAGGAGUUGGUGUUGUAAGUAAUAAGGUUUUUGAUUUAUGGUUAAAUUUGAGUAAACCUCAAGGUAUGGUCGUUUUUGUUUUUUUUUUCUAUAAAAACUGUUGUUAUUGGUUUAGGUUUUAUUAACUUAUGGAAUGAAGCAUUAUUUUGGU